AAGCUUAUAAGAAUCUCUACUCACAUUUUCUCUGUAAAAAUGGGAACUAGGUUCCAAUCAUUCUUGCUCGUGUUCUUGCUUUCAUGUUUAAUCCUCAUAUCCACUGCCUCGUGUGAGCGGAAAGGUGAUGGGACGAUUAGAAUUGGAUUGAAGAAGAGGAAACUAGACCGGAGCAACAGGCUAGCUUCUCAGCUUUUUUUGAAAAACCGAGGUUCUUGGUCUCCCAAAGACUAUUUUCGCCUGAACGAUGCAAAUGCGGAUAUGGUUCCGCUGAAAAACUAUUUGGAUGCUCAAUACUAUGGUGACAUUACCAUUGGUACUCCACCUCAGAAGUUCACUGUGAUCUUUGAUACUGGUAGCUCCAAUCUCUGGAUACCAUCUACUAAAUGUUACUUAUCGGUUGCUUGUUAUUUCCACUCCAAGUACAAGGCUAGCCAGUCAUCGUCAUACAGAAAGAACGGAAAACCCGCGUCUAUCCGCUAUGGGACAGGUGCUAUUUCUGGUUACUUUAGCAAUGAUGAUGUUAAAGUUGGUGAUAUUGUUGUCAAGGAGCAGGAAUUCAUAGAGGCUACUACUGAGCCUGGUAUAACAUUCUUGCUAGCAAAGUUUGAUGGUAUCCUCGGUUUGGGUUUCAAAGAGAUUUCCGUUGGAAAUUCAACUCCGGUUUGGUAUAACAUGGUAGAAAAAGGUUUGGUUAAGGACCCGGUCUUUUCGUUCUGGCUUAACCGUAACCCGCAAGAUCAAGAAGGUGGUGAGAUUGUUUUUGGCGGAGUCGACCCAAAACACUUCAAAGGAGAGCAUACUUAUGUUCCUGUGACACAUAAAGGUUACUGGCAGUUUGACAUGGGUGAUCUCCAAAUUGCUGGCAAACCUACAGGAUAUUGUGCUAAAGGUUGUUCUGCCAUUGCUGAUUCCGGAACUUCUCUGCUCACCGGUCCAUCGACUGUCAUCACGAUGAUCAAUCAUGCGAUAGGAGCACAAGGAAUCGUAAGCCGUGAAUGCAAGGCUGUGGUGGAUCAGUACGGAAAAACCAUGUUGAAUUCUCUUCUAGCUCAGGAGGAUCCGAAGAAGGUAUGCUCACAAAUUGGAGUCUGCGCUUAUGAUGGUACACACAGUGUGAGUAUGGACAUCCAGUCAGUUGUAGAUGAUGGGACAUCGGGUCUUUUAAACCAAGCGAUGUGCAGUGCUUGCGAAAUGGCAGCCGUGUGGAUGGAGAGCGAAUUGACUCAGAAUCAAACACAAGAACGCAUACUCGCUUAUGCAGCUGAGCUAUGUAACCAUAUACCAACUAAAAACCAACAAUCAGCAGUGGACUGUGAGAGGGUUUCGUCGAUGCCUAUAGUCUCAUUCUCAAUUGGCGGCAGAACCUUUGAUCUCAGUCCUCAAGAUUAUAUAUUCAAGAUUGGGGACGGAGUUGAGUCUCAGUGCACUAGCGGUUUCACGGCCAUGGAUAUUCCUCCGCCUCGUGGACCUCUCUGGAUCUUGGGUGAUAUCUUCAUGGGACCAUAUCACACCGUGUUCGAUUACGGGAAAGCAAGAGUUGGAUUCGCCAAAGCUGCUUAAACAAGAUCUCUUCUUCAAUACCCUUUUUUAUAUGAUGUUUGUGGAUGUGUUUUAGAAAAAAUCUUAAAUGGUUGUAAUAACUUAAACAUAUUGGC